CGGCUGUUUACCAGCCGGACUGAGCCAGGCGACUGCGGGGCGGAUGGAGCAGCGGCCAGUGGGCGGGGCAGGCACGGGUUCCAGGGUUUGCCCUGCUGGUCAGAGGUGGCUAGGAGCAGAACCACAGAGGGUCCCCUGGGGGAAAAACUCUGCAGCAACAGGGGUCUUGAGAAGCAAUGGCCACCGAGGCCCCUGUGAACAUAGCCCCCCCUGAACGCAGCACCGCGGGCCACACGGCCACUGACGGCUUCAUCUGGCAGCCAGACUCGGCGAACAUGCACGUCCUCAGGCCCAAGUCCGCCAAGGGACGGACGCGGCCGAGCCCGCACAGACCGCAGGGCACAGAGCCGGGUCCUCACCGCCCGCCGGCCUCCCUGCCUCCAGCCAUCCCCUGUGAGCCGCCCAGCGGCCAGAGGCCGGGAGCCUGCGCACCCAGGUCUCCAAACCAGGGAGCUCCCAGCGAGAUCCCCGAGCUGCGGCAGCAGGUGCCGGCUGGCGCUUCCUCCUCCCUCAAUAAAUACCCAGUCCUCCCUUCCAUCAACAGGAAGAGCCUGGAGGAGGGGUCUGUGGAAACAGUGGUGAAACAGGCCGGCUCCCUGCAGCUGAGCGGCACAGUGAGUAAGAAUGAAGAAGAGUCCAGAGCUCCAGCUUCUUCCCCAGAGAGGAAAGUCAUCAUCCGGACCAGGAGACAGACCUCCCCCAGGGCGGGGGACCCGGAGGAGCCCUCAGAUCAAGAGCCCAGGCUGCUGCUGGCCGUCAGGUCUCCGUCGGGCCGAAGGUUCAUUCACCAUUUCCGGCCCACCGACGCCUUACAGAUGGUUGUCGCUGUGGCCGAGGACAAGAACCAGGCCAGCUACCAGCCCUGCAGCAUUGAAACCAUGGAAGUGCCCAGGAGACGGUUCUCUGACCUCACCAGAUCCCUGCAGGAGUGCAGAAUCCCCCACAAGUCGGUGCUGGGCAUCUCGCAGGAAGAAGGGGAGGGGGAGCUCUGAGUCCGCAGCCCCCUAGCCGGGGUCCUGGGUCUCUGAGCAAGGAGCACGCUUGGCUGCUGUGGCCUUCCGGGCAGCUCAGUCCCAAGUGCCGUGUGAACUUGGGGCGGCUGUGAUCCUUGUGACCCACCUUCACAGCCUCUCCUCUGCAGGAGUGAAAUUUGCACAUGCGCCAAGCACAUUGAGAAGGUUCUCUUCCAGUUGUUGAAAUUCCCUCCAGCACUGGAGUGAACUGGCAAGUUACCAGGGCUGUUCCUGAAACCACCGUGACCAGGUCUCCCCCUUCCCCGAGGUCUGGGUCCUUUCUGGAGCACCCGCUUGCCUUUACAAAUGAACUCUCCCUCUCUUGAAGCCAAUGGUUUGCCUUUCUGUAUUUGAUGCAGGAUUAAAUACUUCCCAGAGAGGAUUCAAGUCUGGUAAAUAACCAGGGCUCAGGAAAUGUCGAACUGGCAUUUGUAUUUCUUGCAAACAUCUUUAAGAAACAGGCAGUUGACACUAUCUUGGAAGCAGCCUCUUUGCUGGGCUCGGGUGGCUAGAGUUUCUCGGGGAUUACAGUUUGUGUGAUGUGGCUUCAGAGGAGAGAACAGGUCUUUCGCUAAUACAAAUCCCCCAACACAUCAAUGUUUCUGAAAUAGUCUGGGAGCUAGAAAGCAUAUAGCGUCCACAACUGUGGAUUAGCCAAGUGGCCACUCUUAAAUAGAGACUAAGUAGGUUUGCAAACAUCGGUAGCUACUCUCUACAUGCCGCAGUCUUCCCAAACUGAGAUAAACCAGUGUACUCUGAUUUCCUUCGCUUUUGCUGCUCAUGGAAUCUUUUUGUUUUUAAAACCAUACGAACGUACAAGUCUGUACAAGUUUGCCCUGAAGGCGCCAUUGGCUUAUCGGGGUGUGGAGAUGUCAUCUCGGUGUUUCGCCUCCUUCCCACAGAGACUCCCUGGAGCGGGGACAGCGGUGUCCCUGUUUUGUGAUUUCGGAACCCCAGGGAGGACAAGGGUUCCUCUGUCGGGCCUCACUCGGCUGCACCCAUGCCGAGAGACCCUGGGCCCACGUGUCCGUCUGAUUGGCAUGUGGUGCGUCUGAAUGCCUUAGCCAUAGCCAUGUUGAAGACCACGGGGUCUUGGGUUUCCAACUCUGAAGUGGUGACGUGGACAGCUCGCCAGAGUCCUCUUAUGUCGGGAGUUCAGCAAGACCUCCAGGUCUCAUCAGGAUCCUCUUUGUGGCCAAAUCACCAUUCAGAGUAGGGGAGCCGGUCCCUCAAGAGCUCUGCCAUCACGGAGCACUGAGUACCGAGGUGCCCUCCCUGUUCCUGGGUACACAGAGAAGGCAGGAGUUCCAGAAGCCUAUCAGCGUGGCAGCCUCAGCAGCAAGUGCGCCUUGUACCUAGAUAAGGAAGGCGGCUGGAAAUGUUACAUCCAGCAACUUGAUACUCAGCCAUGGAGAUUAACGCCAACAUCGUUUCCUCUCAAGAAGGCUCGCCUUGUCCUUCCCCAUCCCACACCACCCAGAUCACUCAAGAGUGGGUUCUUUCAUAAUGUGUGGUCCAAUUUCCCAAUACUAGCUCGGUUGCAAAGAUUGCAAAGCUGGGACUUGCUGGACCUUGGGCAGCUCACGCAGCUGGCCACCUCUCCCAACCAGCGACCAUGGUGGAGGGGACUUGGGCGGGUGGAGGGGGGGGAUCAGCAUCCAGCCUGGUACUCUCAGGCUGGGUGCAUAUCCGCCUCUGAUCCUAGGAGGCUGGGGGAAGAGCCUCCCUCAAAAUCACACCUACUCUGUGGUAAGAAUAAAAUCCCACCCACCUGGGACUCGGUAAUUUCUCCAGGCAGGAAAUCUGUAGAAAACUUCAGCGAAACAGAGCAUGCUGGAGGGAGCUAGAAUCUUCUGCACUUAGGGCUUUGCUGCUGCAAUUCAGCUUGGAAUUUGGGGGUGGCAAAAAAAAAAGUGGAAGGCAUGAAACAUAGAAAUAUUUUAGGGUAUCUUAGGACAUGAGAAUAGAGCUAGAUUUGAGCCACCUUGAUAAACUUUUUUUUUUUUUUGGACAAAAGGAUGAUGACACAAUAAAAAUUGAUUUGUGUGACACCAAGUAGGCAGAGAAACACGCCUUCUGUUUUCAAGCAGGACUCUGGCCCCUGCGCUCUGGCGGACAGAGGGGCUCACUGACCUCACCUCCUUGGGAAAACACUGAGCUCUGCUGUUAAGUCCAAGUCCCUGUCCCCAGGCACCCCGGGUCCCCACCCUUCCCAUAGCUCUUGCUUUCAGGUUACAGGGUCGCACCAAGCUCUCUACGGCAAGAGUCUCCUGAAUUUCUCUGAAAAAUCAUUCCGAGUAUUCUCCUUUGGAAGUUGGCAAGAGCUGCCUCUCUCACUAUCAGAGAGGUGUGACUUUGUAGAUGGCACUGUCACGUGGGCACCCCGGUCUAAUGGGUGGCUUUGGGUGACCGCUUUGUAGUCACAGACCUCACUCAUUCAUUGAACCAGUGGUCACUGAGGGCCUACUCUGUGUCAUACACGGGUGACCGGCAUUGGCGUCCCACCAAGGGACCAUUGACAAGGAAGCGUAAAACCAUCUCGGGAGCUGAGAGCCCGACCCAAGUGAGGGGCUGUAGAUUUACCCGUGAAGGAUCCUGGAGUGAGGAGGAAACAGGCUGUUGCUGUCUCCCCGCUGCCUUGUGGAAAUGCAAAGGCGAGUCCUCCCCACCUUUCCAGCGAUGGCACCAGGAAGAGUGGUCAUUAGGGACGUGAACUUUGCGUAGGACAAAGCUUCAAGACCAGUUUUCCCAGCAUCUCCCCUGACACAGUCCAAGAGGUAAAUUAGUUCUGGCGGCAGAAGGAACAGCAGGAGACAUAAGUGACUCAUCAUUUAGAAUCCAAAAACUUUUCACCAACAGAUGGCAGGUGGUUUUAACACAACAGUCCUUGCCCUCAAAGUACCUGGGGAUCCAGCCAACAGCCGGCAAGGCAGGGCGGUCCUGAUGAAGAGAUGUAGGUGAACGUGACCGUGGGCCGGUAGUCACUCCAGAGAUCCCGCAGAAAUACUCCACAAGCGAAGAAACGUAGACAAGCCUUGAGGUUUCCAUUACCACGAAAAACCUUAAAGUCUAGUGACGGAUCACUGUCCCAGGCAUGCAUUACGAAAGGCGGUGUACCGGGAACCAAGUUUCGCUUUUGUCUAAGCAUUUUUACCACCAUCUCGUGUGCAUUUCUCGUGUCAAAUAAAACCACGCUGCCCCAAGGGGCCAAAAAAUAAAAAAUAAAAAAAAGUUUCUCUUUACACAGUUUUUUAAUAAGUUGAGAUAAAAGGGUGCAUGGUUUCCUGUAGUCUGAGGUGUAUCUCAGACAAGACUUUUAUAUGGUAAGAGGAUCUACUUUCCUACCCUUUAAACAGAGCUGCAAAGGAAACUAGAUGAUUCAACUUCAGCCUCCAUCUGGAAUCAGUCUGCGAAGCAAGCGCAGGAACAUUAGUUUCCGUCGUGCACGAGGCAACACACCACUGUCAAGUGCAAGGUUUGGACCCCGUUCACCCUGACCCUGAGCCAGAACCAGCCCAAACCCGGCCAAGGUCAGAGGCCAAGGUGGAGGAGUUGGCGAAAUGCAAGCAGAGCGGACUUGGGGUGACUCACCAACACACAAGAGAGUAGCUCACGUUGUACAAAUAAAAUUGGGUGUUUUGUUUUGCCUCUACACUGGUGAUACGGCGUUUUCCUUCCCUGGUGAGGGCAGGGUCUGGUAGCCCUCUCUGAUGCCCCUCUGUGCUCCUAGACUUUCAAGUCACGGAGGAAGCGGCAACGCUCCCUAGUGAUUUGUGCGGAAGAUCAAAUCUCUGGAGGUAUUUUUGGACACACUUGAAUCCUAUUCCAGGAGGCUGAACCGCGGAUAGGACAACUGCUCAUGGGUAGGGUUAAGCAAGUCUCCCUCAAAAGGUCUGCUGUGCUGGGGGAGGAGGGAUCACUCUGGGCGCUGUGUUGAGAAGUUGACCUGUGGGGGUCAGGUUGGGAGACAGAAGACCAGCUCUGGCCGUUGCCAGUGACCAGGGGAGAGACGGAGCUAACUUGGGUCAGAACAGCAGCCGUAGAUAACAUGGGAGGUCUCAGAUUCUGGACACAUUAUCGGUUAAGGGGGGAAGAAAAGGCAAGAUAGUUUUGGGGAUUCACCCAAGUGGACAUCACUUGACCAUAUCGCCACGGGGGGCCGUUCCUGCAAAAAACGAGCAGACACAUCAGCCGCGACUAUAUGCUUGGCCCGGGAGAAAGCACUGACCAGCAAACAUAUUCAUAGGAAAGAAGUACGUGAGUGUUUUUGGAGGUGUACAGAGAAUCCGAAAGCCACUGAUUGCUUUAAUUGAGAAGAGAUGCAACUAGAACUGUUAUUUCACUGAACAUCAAUGAAUCACCAUCUAACUCUUGGGGUAUGAUUCCUGACCAAGGUUUCUUAUUAAAUUAGUUCCCGUAAAAAAAAAAAAAAA